GACGAUGACACACCAUACUGCAUUUGUCGGGGACCAGAUGAUGGCCGCUACAUGAUUGCCUGUGACAGUUGCGAUGAAUGGUAUCACAUCGAUUGCCUCAACCUCAACCUGAAGCACGUUCGGGCCCUUGAGGCGACCCAUCAGACCUACACUUGCCCUAAAUGU